AUACGUGUGCCUUCAUCUAGCCACGCAAUUCUCCCCCAAAAUUUCCCCCACAACAACGACCCGCCAUUACUGCCCCUGUGCGCCUCGCCUCGCCACCGAACCGCCGCGAGCACCCGGAGGAAGAGAAUCGAAUCGAGGCGAGAGGAGGAGCAAUGGCGACGGCGAGGACGCUGGCGGCUGCGGCGGCGGCGGCGAGGGCGUUCUCGUUGACGGCGACAUCCGGCGGCGGCGUGUCCAUGGUGCAGGGCGCGUCCCGCGGCAUCGGGCUCGAGUUCGUGAGGCAGCUGCUGAAGAGGAGCGACGAGGGCCGCGUCGUCGCGACGUGUCGCGCGCCGGAUUCAGCCGUGGAGCUUCAGAAGCUGAGGCAGGAGCACGAGCAGCGCCUCGCCGUGCUCCCGCUCGACGUCACCGACGAGAGCACCAUAGAGGCAGCUGCGGCCUCGAUAGGAGAGACCCAUGGAUCUCUGAACCUGCUGAUCAAUGCAACUGGGAUCCUUUCAAUUCCGAAUGUGAUACAUCCAGAGACUACAUUUAGCAAAGUUCAGAAGUCAUCCCUGCUACUGGCAUAUGAAGUGAACGCUGUUGGCCCUAUUUUAGUGAUCAAGCAUAUGUGGCCAUUCCUGAAGGCUGGAGGUUGCUCUGAGACCGGGAGAGGAUUUUCAUUGGUUGCAAACAUGAGUGCCAGAGUCGGUUCAAUAGGUGACAAUGGCCUAGGAGGCUGGCAUUCAUAUAGGGCUUCUAAAACAGCACUGAAUCAAUUGACAAAGACUGUAUCAGUUGAGCUGGGGAAAAAGGACAACAUUGCCUGCAUCCUGCUGCAUCCAGGAACCGUGGACACUGACCUCUCACGCCCUUUUCAGAAGAAUGUUCCCAAGGAUAAGCUCUUCACAAGGGAGUUCUCUGUUCAGAAGCUACUGUCCAUCAUCGACAAUGUCAAGAAGAGCGACAACGGCAAGUUCUUCGCUUGGGAUGGACAAGAAAUCCCAUGGUGAUAUCAAUCAGCACUUCAGCAGAGCAAGUGAGCAACAGUGUCCAAAAUUUGUGCUCAAUAUUUUCUCAGCCUUUAUUGUGUUGUUGGCACCAAAUAGAUCGUGUCAAUGCUCGAUUUGAAUUCUAUUUGGAUCUACGAUGAUCUGAACAUAACAAACCAAAAUCCAUUUUCUUUUCGCUUCCUUUUUAGAUGCAUACAAAUGAUCGAUGUAACUUUCUUUUGCCACUGGUGGCACAACAGUUAACCCAGUGUAAUUAGCUGCAACGUAUUCUGAUGGAUGUAUAUGUUGAAAAACUUCCAGCCAAUUUCUCAACUACUGCAUCAUGUCCAUAUCA